AUAGGCAUAGUGGAGUCCCAGAGAUUCUUGUGUUUAUUAAUAAUUUCUCUCGACAUUGUAUAAAAUAGAGCCAGAAACGGUUUAGAAUUGGCAUAAUUAGAGAUCGUUAAUCAGAAUCUUUCGUGUUCUGUUUUUUUUUUUUAAUCUGACGAUCGGACGAUUGCAACUUGGAACUUAAUUGUGGCGGCUCUUUGCAAAAUGCACAUAAAGUUGGUAGAGAUAUAUUCUUGAAGAAAAAGAGUCCGGUUCCUCGACUUAGUUAAUUAUUCCGAAAAAUACAAGAACAAAUUUAUCUCAUACUUCAACUGUUAAAAUGGCUGCAUCCUUGUCAGCUUAUUGGGUAAAGUUCUUCAAAGGGGCUGGAUUUUCUCAAGAUGUGGCCACUAAGCAUGCAGUUGUGUUCUCAAACAAUCGUAUUAAACCAGAUAUGUUGCCAGAUUUGGAUAAACCUAGUCUCAAAGAAAUGGGUAUCAUGUUAAUGGGCGAUAUGAUUGCUAUUUUAAGAUAUGCCAAGAAAGUAGUGGAAGAAACAACCUGUGAGAGAUUUUUAGUUGAUUCAGAAGACACACUUCCAACUCCAAAGAUUUCUGUUCCAAAACCUAUUAUGAAAAAAGGAAGCAAGGAAAUUGGAAAUAAGACUAUGGUUUUAGCAGCAUCUAAAACAGACUCUACAAAGAAGAUAGUUAAACCUUUAUCUACGACAAAAAAGAUUCUGACUAUAAGGAAGCCAAUUUCUGUCCCAGUUACCACUAAUACUGUUAACCAAAAGCCGAUAUCUGUCAAAAGAAAAUUGGCAUCAGAAGAAGUAUAUCAAGAUAAUGAUGAUGAUAAUUGGAAUAUCUCAGAAAAAAAAGUAAAAACAACAAACGGUAGUGAAGAUAAUACCGAAUACACUGUCGCGACACCGAAGACAACAACGGUAAGAACUCAGGUACUUAAAAAACCUGUUGAACAAAAACGAACAGUAUUUGAUAGAUUAGGCGAUAGCUCAGUUACGAGCACAACUAAUUUAGUUGAUACGACGCCUACUUUCAAUAUUACUGGAGUCGGUAAAGAAGUAUUUAAGAGAUCUACUAGUGUUUUUAAGCGUCUCGGUGACAUAGACGAUAAGAAGGAUCAGAUGACUAUAGGAAUACUUAAGAAUGGAUCAAGCACUAUCAGUACACCAGGCAUACUGAAAAACCGAACAUUACCUAGCAUACGCACGUCAAUUGUAACGAUGAAGAGAGUCGUGCCUAAAAUUACUGGCACUAUGCAUGCCGAUCACGAAGUUAACAAGAAGAUUACUUUGAAUAAUACAAGUCGUAUACUGAAGCUGAAAAAGGAAGUACCUAAUGUUAAAUCGAGCAUUGAAAGUAUUUCCAAAAAAAUAUCUACAGUUACAUCAGGCAAGUUAGCUUCGGAACGACUUGUCUCAAUACCAGCCAAAGCACGCUUGGGUACAACCACUGCCAAACAAGUGACUUUCAGUAAAGUGGCAACAGUAACACAUGUCAAAAGGGCAGAUGUUUUCAGUCGCUUGGGCAUUUAAGUUUGGCUUGAUUCCCCUAUCAGUCGCGAACAAACAAUGGUUGAUUUGUUAUUUGUAUAAAGUUAGAGUUUUCCAAACCAACUGCAAUGAUUUUGAUUAAUGCUAAUCAAGUGAUUGAUUGGACUUUCUUUUUAUUACGAAUGGGUAUAUCCAGAGGGUGCUUUCCAAUUGUAAAAUCAUUAGACACUUUUGUGCACACGGUGACAUAAGUUAUGUUCCAAUUGAUGUAAUCGUCAAUACAACAUUCGCAUUCAGCCAGUAGGCUACUAGUCGGUUGUAUAAGCUUGUGUUUUCUAGUAACCACUUACAUGUUAUUAACCGCGGCAUCCAUAAAUAAAGUUGGAGGGCAUUGAGUGAUUGGCAUUUUUGCUUUUUUUUAUUCCAUGAAGAUGGUAAAAGCUAAAUUUAAUCUAAUUCUAUUCGAAACGGACUGAAACUGUAUACGACGUAUACAUUCUGUCCUAAUUGUGCAUAAUGCUACACUUUGUGCAUUCCUGUGUAUGUUAGUGUUAAGAUGUGUUAAGCAAUUGGAAAGCACUCAGAGUUGCUUGCAAGGCUAUUGCAAGGCUAUUGUGAAUGACGUAUAGAAUGUAAAUAUAACAGACUUACGAUUAGAUUUAUAAUUUAGUGACGCCAUGAAUUGCUCGGUCAUAAAGAAAGAACUCAAAUUGUAUGCUA